GGUCAGGGCGUAGGAGAGAAAGUCAUCAUUGUGAAGGAGAUGACCCAGCAUUGUCAAAAUCUGAGGCAGGCACUGGACAAACUGGACCACCUCCUUCAUCAGACAAAAGACGACAUCAGGAACCAAAUUUCUCCAAGCGAUAUAACAGAAGAGGGAUACAGGGGACUGCACUGCUGUCUUUUACACCAUCAAUAUCUUCUGGAGCAGAAACUGAGCAGAGUCACCAGCACCUACAGCUGUAUUGGCACGGACUCGUCUUUUCUCAUGAUGGAGGAAGACAUUGAAGACGGUGAUGAGGACAACGAACAGGACGGUGAUGAGGACAACGAACAGGACGGUGAUGAGGACAACGAACACGACGGUGAUGAGGACAACAAACAGGAAGGUGAUGAGGACAACAAACAGGACAACGAACAGGACUUAACAAGUCUAUUGUAUUGUGUUGUAUGCAUGUGAACGUAUUAAAACGAGUAUUACGAUUUAA